GAAGAUGAAGCCAAAGCUUCCAGGCUGUCUCCCAUAAGCACGCAGGCCAAAAUCACCGGAAGGAAGGGGAAAACCUGAAACAGAGCUGGUCAGGAGCUUGCUGAGGACUGAUGCAAAUGAGCCCCAGCCCCAGCUGCCUGGAAACCAGGUCACGAGAAGUCAGAACGCAGAGCACCUGCUGCAGGGCUGCACUAGGGAAAGGAGGCGGCGGCUCUGAGGAGCAGAUUCUAAAUGUCAAGGAGCGUGGCUAUUUGGUUACUCAGUGCCUAGCAGAAUGCUUGGCAUACAAUGAGCACUCAAUAAUUCAACAACAAUAAAGUGGGUGGAUGGUCCUCAUAAGAAGACAUUCAAAGGCAAGCAUCCUUGGUAAACUCUCCUGGCCUUGGUCAGAGCUAUUUCAUCCCCCUUCUGCGUGUCUUCACUUCCUCAUCCCCACAGGGAGCAGCCACAGAGGUCUAGGAGAAAAUCGGGAAGCCAUGGGUACAAAAGUGGGAGCAGGUGUCAGUGCAGUCAGGGUGGGUGACAUCAUAGCAGGGACACAUGGGAGACUCACUGCAGCCAGAUGCCCUCAGCCUCGCUCCUGAAUUCCUACUGCGAGAGAUUAUGGUCAUGAGGAAUUUCUGAUAAAAUGCAAACACUUACUAUUUAGUUGAUAACACACGCCCAGCAAGUGCCUGAAUGGAUGAGUGGUGUGCUUCAGCAUGGAGGGGGACUGGAAGUCCCAGUGUCACCAUUAACCAGCUGGGUGACCUUGGGUGAGAGCCACUUCCUGCCUCCCAUCUGCAAACUGAGUGAUUAGGAAGGAGAAGUGGUUUGUAAGCCUUUUUUGUCCUCAGUAGCUCAACUCUUCAGCUUACUCAAAUGACCACUGUGAGAAAAGCUGUUUCUGGUUGAACUGGGGAGGUGUGGCUGGAGCCCUCCUCUUCCUGUCCCCCCGCCCCCAUUUAAGUCCUUGAGGGUGGUCGGACUAUCAACCCUUGCACACUAAGAUCUCAGCAAUCAGUGCCUGCCAGGCUGUCUGUGCUCUGAGAACAAAGAAGGCAGCCAGGCUUGUGUGUUGGGUGCAGCUACUUGGGCACCUGAACUUGCUGAUUCUAAUAUUCAGAGGUUUAGCCUGUGUAGAGAGGAAUUGCAGAGCAAUUGAAGUGCAGGGCAGGCAGCCCCUUUGUGUUAGAAGGAGGUUUCAAUCCUAGAAAAGAAAUGAGGGUCCAGGAGAGAUGAAGCCCAGAAGGCUUGGUUAUCUUCUCCAUAAUCCAGAAGAAGGAAAUUACCACCCCUACCUUGCCAGGCCAGGGAUUCCAGGUCUUGAAGAGACAGCCCACAAUCUUGCAGAUACUUGGCUACCAGGGUUGGGUUGGUUGGUUGCCACACCCCCAGGAGGACAGGUCCCCCACCUUCCCAUCCUGCUUCCUGCCACCCUUCACUGGCCUUUGCUGCAGGCAGGUAGCUCAAGAGGCGGCACCCCAGCCACCUGGCAGCUCCAGGUGCUGCGUGUGCGCUGCCAUGGUGACGGGCCCCAGGGCUGGUGGCGAGAAGGCUGUCUCCCAAAGCUUUGCGGAUUCAGGAGAGGGAGAGACUGGAGCCUCAGGCCCUUCAGGUAGUCUGCCUCAUCACCCUGGUGCCAAGGAAGCCCAGGCCUACGGAUGUCUGGUCUGAGGAUGGCCCAUCAGCAGGGCCGGAAGCCUGAGGCAGAGUGUCCUGUCUGCUGGAACCCCUUCAAUAACACAUUUCAUACCCCCAAAGUGCUGGACUGCUGUCACUCCUUCUGUGUGGAAUGCCUGGCCCACCUCAGCCUGGUGACCCCGGCCCGGCGCCGCUUGCUGUGCCCGCUCUGUCGCCAGCCCACUGUGCUGGAAUCCGGGCAGCCUGUCACUGACUUGCCCACAGAUACUGCUGUGCUCACCCUGCUUCGCCUGGAGCCCCACCACGUCAUCCUGGAAGGCCGGCAGCUCUGUCUCAAGGACCAGCCCAAGAGCCGCUACUUCCUACGCCAGCCCCGGGUCUACACGCUGGAUCUAGGCCCUGAGCCUGACAGCCAGACGGUGCCCCCCCAGGACAGGGCCCCAGCCACCAGGCCUACGCCCGUCUCCAUCCCCAGCCACUACUCUCUGAGGGAGUGUUUUCGCAACCCUCAGCUCCGGAUCUUUGCCUACCUGAUGGCUGUCAUCCUCAGUGUCACUCUGUUGCUCAUCUUCUCCAUCUUUUGGACCAAGCAGUUCCUUUGGGGUAUGGGGUGAGCAUCUGUCCCCAACAAGAAACAAAGUCUUUCUCAGCGACUGCUGGGUAUGGGGCCUGCAGGACCUCGUUUGGGUUGUCUGCCUUUAUAGUAUUGCUCAUUUUACAAUUAGGCCAUGCAUUUGCUUCUGGGAAAAGAGUCCUGCCAUUAGAACCUCUGAAAGCUAAAGGGCUGAGAGAAGAGGCCAAGAGACCUCUGGGUAUGAACUAUGGCACCAUGGAAGGGCAGAGCGAUGCAGCCACUUGUGCCAAAGGGCUGGACAGUGGCAUCCAGGAAGCUGGCUAGCCCGAUAAGCAAGUUGCAUUGCUCUGGAUUCAGUUCACUUUUUGAGUUGCUUUUUAAAUUACAUGUUGCUAAACAACUUCUGAAAGUUGAGAGUCAAUUCUGUGACCAAGUGUGUAUGUCCCAUCCUUUCAGAUUCCUCUCCGGAUGUUUUGCCAUCAGUAUCAGUAAAACUGGUCUGUUUUCAUUCA